GGAGACUUGAGCCACACGCUUGCAGAUAAGAGAUAUCUACCAAUCAUAUUUAGGUCUUCGUCAAGCCCGACGGGAAGGUUGACUUGGUGACAGUAUAUAGUCAAGUCUACAAAUAGAGGAGUGAGCAUUCCGAAACUCCCAUUCUAGAGAGCCAACCAUGGAGUCCGAGCUCUACGAAGCCGCUGCGAAAGGAAACGUGCAUUCUUUGCUCGAGUUGCUUGUAAAAGAUAAGCUGCUUCUCGACCGAAUCAUGACUGGGAAUCACACCGAGACUCCUCUGCACAUCGCAGCCAUGCUUGGACACUUGGAAUUUGUGGAAGAGGUCCUAGCUCGGAAGGCCGAGCUGGCAAGAGAGCAGGAUUCUCAGAGAUCCACGCCUCUUCAUCUCGCGGCAGCCAAAGGGUACCUUAACGUAGUGGCCAGCUUGUUAAGAGUCAGUCCUGAAAUAUGUUUCGUUCGCGACAAAUACGAAAGAAACCCUCUUCAUGUCGCUGCCAUGAAAGGACAUGUGGAUGUGUUGGAACUCUUGGUUCGAGCGAGACCUGAUGCAGCCCGUAGUGUCGUUGAACAUGGCCAGACGAUCUUGCAUUUGUGCGUGAAGCACAACAGACCAGAAACUUUGAAGCUUUUGAUGGAUAUCUUGGGCGAUGAGCAGUUCAUCAACACGAGGGACGAAUAUGGCGACUCGAUUUUGCAUUUGGCUGCUGCAGAUAGACAAACUAAGACUAUUGACUAUCUGAUCGAUAAAGGAGUAAACCCGAACAUUGCGAACUCUAGAGGUUUCACAGCAGUCGGCCUAUUAGCACAUGGUGAAAGCGCGGGAAGAGCCUUAGAGAUUAAUCCUCAAACUUUAGAGAAUCACGAUCCAUCCGGACGAUCAAUCGACCCGAAUAACAUGGUCACCGGCUUCCAUCCACCUGUAGGGGAAGAGGGUGAAAGAGAAAGAAAGAGAAAGUGGCAAAAUACUAUGCAUAAGACGCUAAUGGUGGUAGCAAUAUUGCUAGCUACCAUGGCAUUCCAAGCCAGUAUUACCCCACCCGGCGGCCUUUGGCAAGAUGAUUUCUCGGGCAAUGAAAAUUUCCCAGCACAUACUGCGGGCGAGUCCGUAAUGGCAGAUAAGUACCCGAUUGGUUACAAGCGUUUCGUAACAUGUAACACGAUGAGCUUUGUCGCAUCACUUAGCAUCAUUAUGCUUCUCAUAAGCGGUCUUCCUCUAAAGCGGCGUCGUAUCACCACGUGGAUUGCAAUGCUAACUAUGUGGGCUGCGAUAACCUUCACGGCGGCGACUUAUGCCAUCUCCAUAUCUGUCUUCACACCAGUGAGCGAACUACAAACUUUUAAUGAAGCAAUUGGAUAUGCGGUGCUGGCAUGGGUUGUAUUGAUGGCUCUUCUUUUCCUUUGCCACGUUGUUCGCUUAAUCCUAAAAUUGGUACGCAAAGUCCUGAAAUUUGUUCGCAAAGCCUCGACAGAACGCAGGCCGGAAGAUCUUAUGGUUUAGUAAUUGUAUAUCGCUGCAAAUGGGUUUGUUCUAGAAGAAGCACCUUGAGCCCUAUGAGCAUGCAGGAGGAGAUGUUAUACAAUAUGUAUUGUUCGGUGUGCCGAUUAGACAACCAAGCUAUGAUGCGUUUGAGUAUGCAUGUAUGUGUAUGUGCUAGUGCAAACAAUAAAUGUUUUAAGCGUGUUGAAUUUAUGCAAAAGAUGGAGUUUAGAUGUAUAAUGGAUGGUUGUUUUGUUUGAUUUGA